CUGUAUAUAUAUACAGCAGUUUCCUAUCCAUGCAGCCAGUCUACCUUGACCUCAGAGUUGACUUGUAGUUGGAGAUGCCUAGGCUGGGAGUAAUCGUUGCGUUAUCUAUUAGUCUCUCUUCAGCUUUCAUCAGCAUUGGAAACGGUCUACCAGGAAGUCUCAAAGUUAUCGACCUCUUCGGACCCCAUCUCAACAUUACUAUUGAUAAGCGUCCUGUCACCAUUCGAUCUCCGUUGCUUCUGGUAGACGAAAGCAACUCUGUCUUAAAAGUUCUUUACAAAGUGACAAAGCCUGUAUACAGCACACACCUGCUAACAAUAUAUCGAUGCUACAGUGACUUAGAGGGGCGUUUCUUUGCGAAAUCUCUAAUAUCUCGCCUUACUCUCGAAUUCUCAAACGAAGUAUCAUCUCUACGAAAAUGUCUACCCAUGGUUAUCAAAAAGAAAUUUCCAAGCGUGUGUAAAACUGUUCGUUUGUCGAUGAUUCUGUCGACAAAAGUUGGAUCAUUAACCAUUAAUGAAAUGUCUUUUAUGGACAAAGAUUCUUGUCAAGGAGUCGUAAGGACUACAACCGGGUGUGACUUUGAGAGAGGAGACUCUGGAGUACGCAACAACUUAUGUGGCGUCAAAGACUGGACUAUUCAAGACCGUUCCCAAUUCACUAACUUCGCUUCACGAUGGACUCACAACACGUGUCCAAGGAGAAAAAAUGGUUAUCCUCUCCAGAAGAGUAAACUCAUGACGUUACAAUGCGUUUUCCCCGUCGGUAUUCCAAGUCUUCAGGCAUCGGGCUUCUCUGUUGUUAAACCAUUCUAUACUCUUCCGAGACCCAAAUCUGUUUCCAUAUUUCACGGUAAACGUCAAUCAAUGGGAAGAGUGCUCUCACUCGAUCCCCAAGUAAGCGGUGAGAUAGUCGGUCCUGCAGUGGCGGAUCUCCCAGAAGUCCAGCACGACCCUGUAAACGCCAUUCUCUCCUUACAGUUUGAAAUGCAACAAGGAGGUCUCCAUUAUCUCAUAAUUGCAGCGGUUUGUACUUCAAGCCCUGCUAAUGAUUUUCUUCCUCUUGGUCCAAAUAGCCUUCACUUCGUAAUUCCACAUUUUGACCGAGAAGGUCGCGGAGGAACGAUCUGUUUAGAUAUACACACGUUUGUGACAUCAGAAAUGUGUUCCACAUUCGUCAUUCAACUGCAAGCCGGUGCAAUCGAUACAGCCCUUACAGUGGACAACAUCCUAUUUGCACCCAGUCUAGGAUCAACAUUUUGUGAUGAGUUUGUUAAUAACGGCUAGACAAAUAUGCAAAGACAGAAAUAUCUCCGGACACUUCUUAGAAAAAAACUUAUAGCAGCAGUCUUGGACUGGUAGAUGGUUUGCAGUAUAUGCAUAAAUUGGUAUUUGUUAGAUACGUAGACAUGAUGCUCCAGGAGUACAGCUGAUGUUACGUAUUGAGCUAAAUAUGAUUCCAUGGUGUCUGACCAAAUAACACGUA